CUGCUCCCCUGCACGGUCCUUCCCAAGCACCACCUCCGAAAAAAUAUUUCAGUUAUCGCACGCCUCGCCUCCUCUCCUCCCCUUUUCCCUUCUUCCCUUCUCAUCACACACCUUCAGUCAACCUGUGUUUCCGCGCAACGCAUCGACGUCUGUCUUCUCUCAAUCUGUUUCUAGGGCACCAAGCUACCCUGACUCAACUGCCUCCCUCAUUGCACCAGAGUUCAAGUCCGACUCUUUUCUCAAUCACACGUCACGUCAUACGCCGACUAUAGCAAUCCCCUCUCCAUCCGACACCAUCACCAUGUCUGCUACCAACGUGGAGAAAGGCCCCGAUGCCACCACCCCCGUUAAUGACGCUGCAAACGCUCUGGGCAACCUCUCAAUCAACAAGCCUGCCGAUGACAAGGCCGCGGCCAACGAGGCCGCCUCGGCCAGUGCCGCUGAAGGCCGCCGUCUGUACAUCGGCAACCUGGCAUAUGCGACAACUGAGGGAGAGUUGAAGGACUUCUUUAAGAGCUACCUUGUCGAAUCAGUCUCGAUCCCCAAGAAUCCCCGUACCGACCGCCCCGUCGGCUAUGCCUUCGUCGACCUGUCUACCCCCAACGAGGCUGACCGUGCCAUUGCCGAGCUCUCCGGCAAGGAGAUUCUCGAGCGGAAGGUUUCUGUUCAGCUCGCUCGCAAGCCCGAGCCUGCUGGCGAGAAGUCCGAGGGUGCCAACGGAGAGGGUUCCGGUGCGGAGGGUAACCGCCGCCGAGCUUCUGGUCGUGGUCGUGGCCGCGGUCGUGGCCGCGGUGGACGUGGCGGCCGUGGCGGCCGCAACGCCACUGGGGACGAUGAGAAGAAGGGAAGCGAGGAGGCUUCUGGCGACGCUGCCGGCGACGGUGAGGCUCUGAGAGACAUCACCAACACAGCCUCGGACGAAGCCAAGGGCGACAAGAACGACAAGAAGAACCAGAACCGCCCGCCGCGUGAGCGCCGCGAGCGUGGCCCGCCGGCUGAUGGUAUUCCUUCCAAGACCAAGGUCAUGGUUGCCAACCUGCCAUAUGACCUGACCGAGGAGAAGCUUCUUGAGCUCUUCAAGGACUACGAACCUUCGUCAGCCAAGAUCGCCCUCCGCCCCAUCCCCCGCUUCAUGAUCAAGAAGCUCCAGGCGCGCGGAGAGGCCCGCAAGGGACGUGGCUUUGGCUUCGUCACCCUGGCUUCCGAGGAGCUCCAGCAAAAGGCCGUCGCUGAGAUGAACGGAAAGGAGAUUGAAGGACGUGAGAUCGCCGUCAAGGUCGCCAUCGAUAGCCCCGACAAGACCGACGAGGAGGCUAAUGCCCCUCCCGCCAACGGCACCGAGGAGCCUGCUGGCACUGCCGAGGCUCCGGCUGCUACUGCUUAAGUUCAGUCGCGGCAAUUUUUUUUUUCACAGGCUCAACAUUGCC